AUGUGCGUCCCCGGCGGGCGGAGCGCGCCGCCGCCGCUGCUCCUGCUGCUGCUAUUGCUGGGUCCACCUGCGGCUCAGGGUGACUGCAACAUUCCCCCAGAGGUACCUAAUGCCCAACCAACUUUGGGAGGUCUCUUGAGUUUUCAUGAAGGAACCACAGUAACAUACAAAUGUAAUGAAGGCUUUGUAAAGGUUCCUGGCAGGGCCGACUCAGUGGUCUGUCUCAACAAUAAAUGGUCAGAGGUGGCAGAAUUCUGUAACCGUAGCUGUGAUGUUCCAACCAGGCUACUUUUUGCUUCUCUCAAGAAGUCUUUUACCAAACAGAAUUAUUUCCCAGCGGGUUUCAUUGUGGAAUAUGAAUGCCGACCUGGCUUCCAAAGGGACCGUUUUUUCUCAGGAAAACUAAUUUGCCUUCAGAAUUUUACAUGGUCCAAACCAGAUGAAUUUUGUAAAAAAAAAUCAUGUCCUAAUCCUGGAGAUUUAAGACAUGGUCAUGUCAGUAUACCAACUGACCUAUUAUAUGGUUCAUCUAUCUCCUUCUCGUGUAACGAGGGGUACAGGCUAGUUGGUGAAACUUCUAGUUACUGUUCCCUUGUAGACGAGGAUGUUGGGUGGAGUGAUCCAUUUCCCAAAUGCCAAGAAAUUUUUUGUCCAGAACCACCAGAAAUUAGCAAUGGAUUCAUUCUGGAUCCACGGGACACUUAUGUGUAUCAACAGACUAUAAAAUAUAGAUGUAAUGAAAGCUUCACCCUGAUCGGAAAGAACUCUAUUUAUUGUACUGUUAGAGGUGAACAAGGAGAAUGGAGUGGCCCGCCACCUGAAUGCAAAGCUACAAAGCCCACAUCAACUCCUCAGAAACCUACCACAGCAAAUGUUCCAGGUACCAAAGCUACAUCAACUCAGAAACCCAGUAUGGCAAAUGUUUCAGGUACCAAAGUCCCAUCAACUCCUCAGAAACCCACCACCAUAAAUGCUCCAGCUACAAAGGUCCCAUCAACUCUUCAGAAAUCCAACACAGUAAACGUUCCAGCUACAGAAGUCCCAUCAACUCCUCAGAAACCCGACACAAUAAAUUCUUCAGCUGCAGAAGCCCUACCAACUCCUCAGAAACCCACCACAGUACAUGUUUCAGCUACAAAGACCCCAUCAACUCCUCAGAAACCCACCAGACCAAAAGAUUCAGCCACAGCCAAAAAAUCCCCCAUAUCAAAUGCUCUAUCCACAGAGACCCCAUCAGCAGCCCAGAAUCCCAUCAUGGCAAAUGCGUCUGCUACACAGGCCAUGCCAGUAACCCAUAGAUCCACCACAGCGAAAGCUUCAUUUACACGGAGUCUUCCAGCAACACGAAAGUCCACUAUUAUCCAUGCCGCAGUGACUAAGGGUCUCCAUACAACAAAAAGAUUGACCUCUGCUCAUAUUACAGCAAAACAGAGUUCCGCUACUCCCAAGACAACCAGCACACCUAAUGGAAAAGGGACCCUCUCUUCAGAUGCUGCCAUCAUUGCAAUUGGACUUGUUGCUGGUACUGUAAUUGGUGCCCUAAUUCUAGUCAAAAUUUUCUGGCACUAUGGAAAAUCAGGCUCUUAUUACACUCAUGAAAACAACAAAGCACUCAAUGUUGUGUUUCAUAAUUUAACUGUGACUGGUGAUGCCUCAGAAGUAAGACCUUCUGGUUCUCACUCAUGGCAGCUUACUUCCUUGUGUGCCCGGUUGCCUUUGACUGUGCUACCUGUUCCUCUUUGCAAAAUUACUUGUUGGGAUUCCCUAAGGCAUAGGGUGAAGGCGCUAAGGACGUGUCCGGACAGCUACCCCCAGCGCCCGCGGCGGCCCCACUCCUCUCUGCUCCCGGAACGCGCCGUCUCUUCCAGCAGGUCCCCUCCGCCCUCCAGCCGCGGUAGGGGUACCCCACCCCAACCCCCCCAGCCCGGACACAGGGGCGAAGUAGUGAGGAAGGGGAGGACGGAGGGGCAUGCGCAGCUCCUCCCAGCCCAGCCAAACACGUCUUGUCCAGCCUCAGAGACUACAGAAAACCCUAGCGCCCGGUCCCCCUGA